GGAGAAGAGAGGAGAAAGAUGAGGACGCAAGAGGCGUGUGAACAUCUGAGCACCUAGAUCCGACACAGAUCAGGUGACAGCAGCCUUGUCAGGCACGCCGCAGUUGAUGCAUGUGUUGUUCCCUGCAUAGGAUGGAGAAGCGGAAGGGCCGCGGGAGGGCGAUGGACGACGCCAUCGACCUGGAAGCAGACGACAAGAAAGUCGCAACCUUCCUCGGCACGCCACUCGUAAGCAGAACCUGACUCGCAGCAGCACGCGACAAAUGAUCCAUGGCUUCUGGUUGGCCAUUGCUGCAGUCCAAGAAAGAUAUAGAUGAGCUGGACGAGGAGGAGCGGGCCAAGCGGCUGCGCGGCGUCAAACCAUGGGAGCAGAUUGUCACCGACGAGAAGGGUCGUAGGAGGUGAGUGGGCGAGGGAGGGAGGGAGACAGGCAGCACACGAUCACAUAGUUAGGUGUACGUGCCACGUUGUGUCAGGUUUCAUGGCGCAUUCACCGGAGGCUUCUCUGCCGGCUACUUCAACACCGUGGGCACGGCAGAAGGUAACCAUUGAACACCACAACAGAUUCAGACACGGCGACGUUCUUGACACAUGGAUUCGGCUGCCGCUUCUCAGGCUGGGCUCCCAGCGAAUUCAGAUCGUCACGCGACAAGCGAGGUGAGCAUUGACACUGACCUGUGUGUAUGCAUGGGGGACCCGUGUCACUACGUCUCUUUCCUUGGUCUCCUUGCCUGUCAGCCGACCGCAGAGAGCAGCGCGUUGAGGACUUCAUGGACGAAGAGGAUCUGCAGGUACACUCACACGCAGUACACAGGCAACACAAACCCUCGUUGACCCGCUCGGUCUUUCCGUUGCAGAGCGCUACUCUCGCCGGCCGCACCAUCAAGACCACCUCUGAGUUCGCACCUCAGCGCCGCCCGCCCCCACCCAAAGCUGCAGAGGAUGCGGAUGCCGAUGCUGACAUGGGCGAGGGCGGCGAGGGGGAGGAGGAGGGGACCGGCGUGAGGGAUCUCGGGCUGUCAAGCCAUGUGGCGCAGAUGAUGGUCACUCCUACUGACGCAUCCAUCGGUGGGUGAGCCGGACAGACAGCCUGAUGGAAGGAGAAGCGUAGAAGCAACAGCGACAUCGCGUCUGUGUUGUAUUUUUUGUCAGGUUUCCGUCUGCUCAAGGCGAUGGGUUGGCGAGAGGGUCGGCCAGUCGGCAUUGCCAAAGCCAAGAAGGCGCCCAAACACAUCCAAGAGGCCCUGGACAAGAUGAAGGAGCAACCACAGCCCCCCAAGCACGACCAAGACGUGACGACCGACAGGAGCGGAGCCGCUGCUCCACCUCAAGAUGUAAAGCGAGAAGACACCGAGCAACCCGAGCCCAAGAAGGCCAAGCGUGUGAUGGGCUGUGCCCUUCCCCCCUCUCUCGCCCUCCAACGCGACCGCGAGCGCGCCGCCCUCACUGGUGAGCUUGACCCCGAGGAGGAGCGGCUGCGUGAGGCCGAGGAGCGCCGCAUGGAGCUCGAGAGGGACCUCCAGCUGCUGCUCAAACCCAAGACGGACUUCAAGGGCAUCGGGUACGUCGGUGAGUCCCUCCGUGACCUCCUGGCGCCACCAAGCGUGACAGCAGCUGCCGGCAGCAGCAGCGAGGCAGGCGGUGAGGGCGGCAGGAGGAGGGUGGUACGCGGCGAGGCCUUCGGCAUCGGCGCCUUCGAGGAGGCCGAGGAGUGGGAGGACAUCUACCAGCUGGAGGACAAGAAGAUCUUCCACAAGUCGCUCCCAGCUCCAGGCGACACCGAGGACGAUGCACGGCCAUCCCGCGGCCCUCGUGCGCUCGAAGGGCCAGCAGCCCCCCACGCCCUCACGGACCGAGAGCGACCUCAAGUGUUGGGCUUGCGCAAGACUGGUGAGCGGCGGUGCCAGACGGACGGGCGGCCCGCCCUACCAGGCUUUGUGCUCGGCGACUCGCCCCUUGUCCUGCCGACCCCCGAGCCACCGCCACCAGUGCCCUCCCAUUUCAAGGGCCGGCACGUGCCGACGCGUGAAGAGCUGGAAGAGGCGGACAGCGAGGAGUUUCGGCAGCUGCUGGAGCACUUCAAGAGCGUCAGGCCGCUCAAGGAGGAGAGCAAGAAGGCCGCAGAUGAGAAGAAGGGGCCGCUUGACCCGUCCAAGAGAGGGGAGAUGCUCGGCGAGACGCCCCUCCCUGACCGUGACAGCGACCGGCAUGACGGCAGCAAGACAGAGGGAGCGGCUGCGGCUGCUGCUGCUGGAGGGGGGCGAAAGGGAGGGGCGAUGUGGGCUAGCAUGUCGGCUGAGAUGAAGCAGAACAUUCUCGGUAGCCUCUUCCCCGGCCGCUCUUUCGUCCGUGGCGGCACGCAAGACAUGGGCGGCGAGAGGAAGGCCCUCCACAACCAGCCCUUCGAGAAAGACGCCGAGAAGCAAAAGCGGUACGAGCGAUUCUGCGACGCUCUGGAGGGCCGCGUGCAGCCAUCGCAGGCCUACGCCGACGACGAGAAGAUGGGCAAGGCGGCCGCAGCCCGCGAGCGAGAGGAGUUCGGUCGCGUCUACAAGCUGUUCCGCCAGAGCCACCCCGAGGCCCCCAGCACGCCAGCAGCCAUCGAGCAGGCCGAAAAGGAAGAGGGCAAUGCCGGGGGCGGCGUCGGGCUGCCCAAUGCGCCGCCUAGCGACCCCGGCAAGCCAGUGCGCACGUCAUGCAACUGGAAGCCCGAGCGGCUGCUAUGCCGUCGAUUCGGUGUCCCCGACCCGUGGGCGAAGCAGCCCUUCUUCGAUGACUCACGCGAGAGCGAGGGGGCGGCAGGGGGAGGCCUGCCGUCAUUUCUCGACAUUGUGCAGCGGGGCGUGCAGGCGGCAUCGGCUGUCGGGCCUAUGGGUGGGCAGAUGACGAUGGAUGUGGGUGGCUUUGGCCCUGCUCCUGGGCUGGUUCCGCCGCAGCCGAUUGCGCAGCAGAACGGUGCGGCUGCUGCAGCUGCAACUGCGAUGGAUGAGUGUGUGGAGGAGAAGGAGAUGGAGCCAGAGUUGCCGCGGCCGCCAAUUAGCCUUUUCAAGGCGAUUUUCGAGUCAGAUAGUGAGGGGGAGGAGGGUGGGUGAGGGCGGGUGAGUCUGAGUCUGUGAAUGGGGCCUCUGCUGUUCGGGUUGUGGUUUGUAGUCGCUCUUCUACCGACGCUCAGAAGGCGGCAGACAGAUCAGGUCGCCUUCUGUUGGUCGGCGGAGAGGGCAGAACAAACCUGAACGCCGAUAGCAGGCCUGGUGUGUUGGCGCGCGAAAAGAUGGCAAUGAGAGCCGAUGUCUGCCCGUUUCUGUUGUGCACGUGCUUAUUUGCUGUGUCGUGUGAUGUUCUGCACCGCUUUGCCGGGAUGCUCCUCUCUUCUCAACGAUAUUUGAGAGAAGGGGUUCUUCCCGUAUUGAGAGCUAGGACACCUCGACAGGCAAAUGGGCCAAACACAUGGCAAUGUAGGCAAUGUGUCGCGAUUUGGACGUUCACUAGUUGACAACAGACGCAUAGAAUGGUCAACCCGUGUCUCAC